AACAAUAAGGGAACAGGAGAGAACUCCGGAAUCAGGGUUCCCAACCUAAGCUCACCUCUACCUCCACCUCCACCUCCACCUACCCUAGCGAUCCGUUUGUCUAGCGUCUCUAGCCAAUCGGAGGUUGUCGCGCGGAUGCUCGUGACUGGGAAUGUCCAGCCCUAGGCGGCAGAGGAGUCGGGGGUGGGGCCUAUGGCCAAGGGGCGGGGCUAGGAGCCGGCGCUCGAGAGUCGCUGCUGCCAAGAAAGCGGCCACAGCCUCGGGGCCCAUGGCGGAGACGUUUCCAUAUCAUACUGCUGAAGGCCGGAACAGACGCCGGUUGGGAUGGAACCACUUCACCUCGGCCUGGAGCUUGGCAAGACUCGCUGCAAAGCGUUUCGCCUCUGGGCAGCCCAGAUCACAAGUCACCCAGGGAGGAUGGAGCUCCAGCAUCCCGGGGCGCACCUCCUUUCGACAAUUCCUAUGGAAUUUGAGAGAGAAGUGGAAACUACUUGGCCUCUUUGAAAUUGACUUUAAUCACAAGUAUUACAAUCUGAUGUGCAUGAUACAGAUGGGGCUUUCCAAUUCCAGCCAGGUCUCUGUUGAACAGCUUUUCAAAGAGGCCUUAAAGAAAGCAGAUUCUAUACCUGUCCUGCACCAUUACCAUGAGGGCUUUGAAAUGGAAACCUUCUCAGCCCCUGUCUUUACCCAGUUUCGCCUCUCACUGGGCCUGACAGAAAACGACUACCAGAACUCCCUGAGUGAGACAGGCCCCUAUCUACAGUUUGUCAGUAACUCAAAGAGCAAAGCAAUUUUCUUCUUGACGCAACUGUUUUUAAAUACAACCAUCUCUCAAUGGCCCCCCAAAACCUCUCUCAGACUUAACCCAUAUUUCCACAACCUCCGUCUCCUGCUAGAUGUCCCCAAUGACUUACACAUCUUGGACGGGCCAGACUAUCGUUAUUUUGUAGGGAUCAUAGAUUUCUUCACUGUCUACAGUUUCAGAAAACGGAUAGAGAACCUGUGGAAAUCCCUUGUUUACCCUGACCGUACCUUCUCCACUGUCAACCCUGUAGAAUAUGCCCACCGACUGUGCAGAUGGGUGAAUUUGCACACUCAUUGACUGGGUCUCCUCAAAAAAAUUCCUACUCUGGGUUGCUCCCUUCCACCAUGAGGGGGCAGCCUUGGCUGAAAAAGAAUCCGAAGCCUUCUUGGUAGGCUGUGCACUUGGGCUGAUGUUUUGACUGCAUUUCCUAGCAUCCCCAGGAUGCUGGGGAGAUGAAGUUGGGGUCAGGAAGAGCACUGGACUGAACAUUAGGGUACCAGCAUUCUAGUCCCAGCUCUACCUCUAAUUACUAUACUUUCUUCAUCUCAGCCUCGGUUUCUUCCUCUGUAAAAUGAGGGUGUCGGAUUUAAUAGACUUCUAGCUUUGUGAUUUUGUGAUCUGGAAAAAAAAGAGAAACUGGGGGCUUAA